AUGGUCCACACGGACCGCCGAACGCAGCAACAGCAGCGCGUCCAGCGGGUCAGUAUCGCUCUCAAGUUCGCACUCGCUCAAAAGUUUGUUAUAGUGCCGUGUAUUGUGCAAAGACGCGGCAGGUUACCUAUCGCAAAUCAAACUGGGAAUGGACAGCCGAGAAUUUCUGACGGAACCGCACCAGGAGACCUCAACCGUCGCCAAAUUGCAUGUUCCAAAGGCACCCGACAAAUACGUACGUUACCAACCACUUGGUGGAUAAGUGUUCAGGAACGGGUGAAGAAACUUGAGGACAGCCUCUGUGGACUUCAGUCCAACGUGGAAUCCAAGAGAAGCAAUAUACUGGAGGAAAUAUACCAAAAGAUAAACAACCUUGAGACUAAAAUUGCCGAAAGCGAAGCCCAGGAGAGGAGGGCAUGCAGCGAAACUAACAAAAAGGUAGGCGACAACGCAAGCAACAACCAUCCUCAGAUUGACGCGAUCCAACGAAGCGUCACGGCCGCAAAAGCCAAACAUGAGGCCGAAACAAAGGAAGCCGUAGUCAAAAUGGAGGCUGUAUACCAGAGGUUUACCGAGACGCUCCGCGCCGAAAAAGAGCAGUGGAAGCAAGUCGAGAAUGACGCCAUAAACGACAUAAAUAGCCACAUUAAACGCAUAAGGGAUGACCUAGAGGAAAUGAAGAAGUCGAAGACGCAUCUGGCCUCCUACUUGCGCCAGUACAUUGACAACGAACUUCCUCAACUCAAGCUGCGCGUGGCAGCGGCUGGGGAUGACAUUGCCGCUAUGGAGAAAACCAUCAUCACUAAUACGCAUGACGACCUGCUCACGCUGGCCUCCUUCAUCAAACAGGAGACUAUGCAACUGAACGAGAUGAAGCGCAGUACGAUGCUCGAGGUGAACAAAAACUCGGAGGUCGUCAAAGCACAACUUGCAAAGGUAAGGAGCACCCGAGCGCGAGGAACGCAUACACAUGCAACAGAGAUUGGUGAGCCUAAUGGAGGAGACCCUCAAAAGGCUAGGGACGCCGCUCUAGGAUCCGCCGACACCGCUCGCGAAAUCGAGGCAUUAUAG